GAGCAGUGGAGAUCCGUGAUCUGGUCUGACGAAUCGCGAUUCCGGAUGAACGGCAACGAUGGCUGUAUCCGCGUUAUCCGAAAAGCCAACGAGAGAUACCUGGAGUAGCAUAUGCUCGAAACCCACAAGUAUGGAAAAGGCUCCAUCAUGGUUUGGGGAUGCUUUUGGGAAGGCGGACUUGGUCCUUUGGUGACCCUUACUGGCAAUGUCGAUCAAGUCAAGUAUGUCGAUUGCCUAACCAACAGGUUUCUUUCCUGGUACCAGGAUCUCACCGAGAGCACUGGUAAGGACUUUAUUUUCCAAGACAACAGCGCUCGGUGCCAUACCCGUGGUUACCGCACGGUAUAAGAAAAAGAGAUGCGAUGUCAGGAGCUUCGAUUUUUGGCCAGCACAAAGCAAUCGCACAAUCAGUUUGCAAAAUUGCGUCAGAUAUUACAAAAGGAGACGAUAUUCCAAGAUGAUUUUGGAGCGUGCCCGCAGGUAAUGGUAAAUUCAUCUGAUAAAGACAUUUUCUGAUCUUCAUUCUUCAUUAGAUACAUAGAGGACGGGUAUGAAUAUACCGGACGCCAUCACAAAAAAUAUCGCUUCAAGGAACCAAGUCCAGAGAGUCGCUCGCCCAUGGAGGAAGCUCCGGAUCUGACAUCUGCUGCUUGAUAGUUUCAUCGC